AUGAUGGCAAAACACAAGAAAGUGGAUAGUUGUGCAGAGAUGCUGUAUUAUUUUGAAAAACAGGACGUUGCACUGAAACCAAUUGCACUUUUAACAGCAUUUAGCGCUUUCUGUGAAGCCAAACAGUUUAACAUGGCGUUGUGUAUGUUUGAAACAUUGUAUCGAGGUACUAUUGUACUAGAACCAUGGGUAUUUGGAUGGGCUAUGGAUGCAGCAAUGAUGUUGAAUCAAUAUGAAGUAGUUGCAAGUAUUUUUCAACGUUUGUUACGAGUUGGAAGAGAAGAAGAAGAAAAAGAAAGAGGAGACGAGGAGGAAGGAGAGAUGUUUCAGGUGACUAGAAAUCUUGAGACGAGUACAGGCAAAUACGGUGUAUCUGAAAUGCUGAAGGUUGCACAUAAGCGUGGAGUACCAAUGUCAGAAUUUACACUUCGGGCACUUGUGAGUUUUGCAGACAAGGCGUACAUGUCCAAGUUGGCACUUGAUGCUAUUUCCAUGAUGCAAGAUGGAGGAAUGACACUUUCAAGUGAGCUUUAUAACAAUGUACUGAAAGUUUGUGGCAAGAAUGAACGGUGGAGUGAUGUUCUUGAUGUUUUUGAGAUCGUACCAGAAGAUAUGUAUGUAGCACUAAGUGGUUCCGCUUUGGGUUCGGUUGUUAUGGCACUUUCGAAAAGUGGGGAUGAGGAGCUGAUUGAAAUAGGGCUGGAUUUAUUCAACGACCAUCCGUCGAAAUGGGUUGGAUAUGCAUGCAACGCUGCAAUGGAGGCACUCUUACAGACCAGACAGUUUGAUAAAAUAAUCACUUUAGCAAACGACAUGAAAAGUCAUCGGUUAAGAUGGACCCCGUUUACUUACAGAAUGGUCGUGAUAGCGCUCAUUCGAAAUGAGUCGAUCGAUAAGGCAAGAGAAGUGUUACAGAGCAAUGCAAAGCGCAUGCAAAACAACAGUGCAGCUUGUUAUGGCGAACUCAUUUACCACUAUGUACAGACACGUGGAGAUACCAUCGAGGCUCUUCAUCUUUGCGAAGAAAUGCUGCAAAACAAUUGGCACAUAGAGUUUUCAGACUGGUGUACUGCCCUGGAUCUUACGCAUGAGAUUCCACACCACUCGGCAUCGUGGCGUGUGCGCAAGCAGUUGUGGCUACGUGCUGAGUCUUUUGGGCAGGAGAUUCCCUACAAUUUGCUGGUACUAGAGCGAAAGAGCACAGAAAACCAAGUCAUUCCAGCCAGUGACACGCAAACGACAGAAGGUGCCUCGCCAAUACCUGUAAAUGUAUCGUUUGGGCUUGAAGUGUUCAAUGAUUACCGAUCUACCAGUGGAUCAGGUCUGACGAACGUUAUUGCCACGAAGCUACUUGAGACGAUGGCCAAUCAUAACCGCAUUGACGAAUGUCUGGAGAUGCUGAGCUUUUUCAAGGAACAAAAGAUAUUUCUUAAGCCAACUGCCCGCAUGGCUGCUUUCAGGGCGUUUUGUAUCGCCAAGGAGGACGGCCUGGCACUAAAAAUGUUCGAGUCAAUGCUUUCCGACGACUUGGCCUUCCAGAAACGAAAUUUCUCGACAAUUCUGAUUGCUGCCAUGGAGUGUGAAAGACAUGAGGUUGUCAUCAACAUUAUUGAUCGUGUACGGAAACAGGGCAAGAGCAUCAGUGACAAGGACUUUGAAAAGAUCAAAGAGUGUUUUGAACAUGAUGACAAAUGGCGAUUGACAAUUGACUUGCUGUCUACAUUAAGACGAAACAGAUUUGAUGCAUGA